UCCAGUCCAGUCGUACGUGGGGGCCACGAGGAGAUGCCUGCUUCCAUGGGAGGCCCUGCCCUGCUGUGGCUAGCGCUGCUGCUCUCCUCUCCAGGUGUCAUGUCAUCAGAUACCUUGAAACCUACAGUGUCCAUGAACCCGCCAUGGAAUCCAAUAUUGAAGGAUGACAAUGUGACUCUUACGUGUACUGGGAACAACUCCCUUGAAGUCAACUCUGCUGUGUGGCUCCACAACAACAUCAUUUUGCAAGAGACGACUUCACGUUUGGACAUCAAGAAAGCCCAAAUCCAGGACAGUGGGGAGUACAGGUGUCGGGAAAAUAGAUCCGUCCUGAGUGAUCCUGUGUACCUAACAGUCUUCACAGAGUGGCUGAUCCUUCAAGCCUCUGCCAACGUGGUGAUGGAGGGUGAGACCUUCCUCAUCAGGUGCCAUAGUUGGAAGAAUUUGAGGCUCAAAAAGGUGACCUACUACAAGGAUGGCACCCCCAUCAAGUACUGGUACGAGAACUUCAACAUCUCCAUUAGCAACGUCACAACCGGAGACAGCGGCAACUAUUCCUGCUCAGGCCAGAUCCAGCAGAAAGACUACACCUCUAAAGUCCUCAACAUUACUGUGAAAAAAGAGCCCACCAAGCAAAACAAGUACUCCUGGCUACAAUUCCUGAUCCCGUUGGUGGUGGUGAUUCUGUUUGCUGUGGACACAGGACUGUUUAUCUCGACCAAGCAGCAGUUGACAGUGCUCUUGCAGAUUAAGAGGACCAGGAAGAACAAAAAACCAGAACCCGGAAAGAACUGAUGCCGCUGCUUAAGAAACGUCAGCAUCAGCAAUUGCUUCUCCAUCGUCAGACACAGCUCACGAUGCACACGGGAAGGUCUGCAGUCGUGGCUUUGCAGAACUGCUUCAUUCAACCAACUCAGACUGAUUAAGUGGCAUGUGAUAGUAGGUGCUCAAUAAAUGGCAGUUAGAUAAAUA